AUGAUCGAUGCCUCAGCAAAGAGUUGCGGCGGUGAAGAACAGAAACAGCAAUGGAACACUCGAGACUUUGAAACUUUCAAGCUGAUCUCGUACAUUGCUUUGCAUUCUUCGUUUCUUAAUCUUUUGUCUCUGACGAUCAAUCGAUUAUUCGCGAUCUGGUUUCCUUUCGAGUAUAUUAUGAUUAUGCGAGGUAGGAACAUUGCGGUGAUCGUGUGUAUUGUGUGGGUGAUUUCAAUUGUGAUGGCACUCGUGUUCACAUCAACCCCUUUAAAAAAACCUGCUCCGUAUUUUCAUUUGGGUAUGCUGCUCGUGUUUCUCGUCGCGUACUUGAAGAUUUAUUGCAUCGCCAGAAAACAACGCCGUCGAAUCGUCUCCCAGUUUCAAUCUAUUUCUUAUAACUACAGAGUCAGCAUGGUACUUCACGAUCAUUUGACAAAUCGAACUUUAGCGAUUUUGAUCAGCGUUUCUAUCGUUCUAUUUUUGCCCGACACAUGGUUCCAACUGGCUGGAAGUAGCGACUAUACGAGAUUCCGCUGGUCUUUCACCACAAUGUUUAUGAGUUCAUUUCUAAAUCCUUGCGUCUACGUAUGGAGAUGUGAAAAGUUUCGCGUGGCGUUAUAUAAGACUUUUGGUUUGUCUCGCCGCGGACGUCGAUCAAAAAAGACCUUUGCAAAUAGGAAACAGGUGAAUAGAAAUAACUCUAAAGGCGUCUCCCUGAGUGUUGACGGAAACAUUGAAAACAGUACAGUAAGAGUCAGAGAUGUAGAAGAUGUAGAAACAAUGUUGUGACAAGGAGAGUUUUCAAUGAAUUGCUGCUGGAAACAAAGCACGUUUCAUUGUUUGAUUUGAAGACUUAAGAUAAAUCAAAAACUGCAAUCGUCAAGUGACGGUGUUUAACAUUUCGUUUUUUUUUUCUCUUAUAUGCGGAAUGUUGUUGCGGAACAUUUCGGUUUUUUUUUCUCUUAUAUGGGGAAUGUUGUCAGUAUCGAGUAGAUUACACAAACGUCGUUCAAGUUCAGCUUAACGUACUUAGCGAGAAAAUAACAGCACUUGUUAAUCAUUUUUGAGAGUUUUCCUGCUAGCCCAUUGACGUGCAGCUGCUCAAUGACUAAUUAAGGAUGGUAAAGCCUUAGAAAACCGGCAACCACGACUGACAACAAGACAUCCAAAUUUACUGCUCUUUUUUAGCUGCUUUUAUCAUUGACGCAAACGGAAGGCAGUCAGCUGAAUUUUCUCAUUUUUACCCCACGCUAUGGCAAAAUGGAAUGACUCAAGAUACGUGAUAAGAGCCUUAGGCAGCUGUUUUUCACUUCAAUUUACAACAUUUCGUGAUCUCCAAUUGUUUUAGCUAGCUGAUCACGGACUAAACUUUCAUUGGUAAGAGAUCUUAUAGUGGUCAAUAGCCUUAGUAGGUUUGUCGGCUCCGGGGCUGUCGUUUAAUCAUUUCUGUAUUUGUUCCACUGAGGAAAUCCUGUGGUCGUGAAUUUCAUCCUUUAACAAAUCAUCAGACUGUGAACAUCACUCCUGAAGCAAGAUUAAUUAGAAUCAGUUGGGUAAUUUAGAUUCUGCACGCACACUGAUUGGCUAAUAGUCCAUGCACGUUUCAUCUGAUUAGAACAUAAAAUGUGGAAGAUCAUUUCUAACAUAAGGCAUGUAAGGAGGCGAAAGCUAAGUUUUAACAGUCUCAAAUCAAAGUGGCCAACUGAAAACACUUGUUAAGUGAGGAAAGGCGAAUACCACCCACCUAUGGCUGAUGACAUACCGUCGAAAUUCCCUUCUUCCGUGUUCUGAACAUCCCUUUGUAUAAUUUUCCGCCUAUGUUUGUCAAAAUAAAAUAGUACUUAUGUUUUUACAAAUUUAAAUAACGAAUGCCUCUUUUUGGUUGAAAUAGCGCAGCAAAUUCUCUUCCCAAGAAAAAGAUCCACACUCUACCUCAGAUCAACAUUUCCUCUUCAGCGGGAGGCCUAAAAUCUGAAAAAAAAACUAUAUUUAAUGCUAGAAUGGUCACGAAAGUAUGCCCUGUUCUUGAUAAGCAUUUUCAAUGUCUCUCCUCGGAAUAUAAUGUUGUUAUGAGUCUGGUAUAUAAUGUUAGUAUGACUGGUCCGGUAGAACUCAUAACCCUGUUUUCGAAUCUUCUUCCUGUUUUCGAGAAGUUAAGAAAACGCGAAGUACCCAGUACAUAUUUUUACUCAUCCUCUUUCCCCUUCGGCAACGUUUUCUGUUUGCUACCUAGCCACGAUAAUGUACAUCUCAUUUUACGGGCAAAAUUUGU